AUAUUUAGUGCCCAAUGAUUACUCUGCACAUUUGGUGGUGCUACAUAGCCUUCCCAGUUUGAUGCCUUCCUUUCAUAAUUACUUACUUUACUGGAUAAACCCCCAUAUUCCAGCCAUAAGUACCUGGUGCAUAAUGGUUUAGGCAGCCAUGAACAAGAAUCACAGAACCCAAAUGCACCCUCGGCAAAAGUGCAAAGUCCCAACAUUCUCCAAAGGCAAGACUAGGUAUGAUAGCAUUACGUUAAAAUAGCUGAUUACUACACUCAUGACAGGCCUUGCAAUAGAGAUCAAGUCCUGCCUGCUACUUAGCAGUGUGAAGACUGCUCAUAGUGGAAGAACCCAAAUCCUUUGGAGCAGAUCAUCUUUUGUGGGUCAGGGAUAACAUAAGCCAACUACUAGACAAGAACCCUGUCCCAUUGUUGCAGCAAAAUAAUUAAGCCAGGACAUGCAAUACCACUAAUGGUCCAAGAAUAACCAAUACCACUCUACUUAAGCAUUAAUCUGAAGAUGAACUUCGUUAGAGGUACAGUGUCCUGAGGGUGAGACCAGGUGAGUGAGGGAGAAGGCAGACUGAUUGGGACCCCUGGGUGAUCUCGACAGCAUACCUGGAAUGGGUUCUGGUGGUAGUUCUACCUCCAGGCCAGGCUUGAUUUGCAAUAACAUGGUCCAACAGACUUUAUGCUUGGAGUGGCCUGGAGGCCCUCAUAUCCAUUACAACCCAGUUGGUCUAGCGCUUCUUGCAGGAACAUUAAAAAAAAUACUAAAACAUCCACUUGUUCCAGCAGUAUUUCUUAAGCUUGCUGAGUGGGUCUCAGAUGCCUGGUGCAUCUUAGACUUGGCUAGAUAAAACACCGUAAAGAAUCGUAAAACACACAAGUCACCGAGCCCGUUUAAAGUACUUAUCAAAAGAAGGCACCCAAGCUGGGAAGACUGUGUAGUAUUAAGACCGGUCAAAAACACUCAGAAUGUGCUGGUACUCUUGAGGGGAGGGGGUGGGAAAACUCGUGAGAGAUAAAGCAAAUAAUAUAUUCAUGGAAGAUAUUAGAACAUUUUGGUCCCAAAUAUGCACAAUAAAAUAUAGUAGGAAAUGCAGAUUCAACCCAGUUAUCAGUGUAGACCCAGUUAUGAGUGCAGACUCAUUAUGAGUAGACCCAUUUAUGAGUGAAAACCCAGUUAUAAGUAUAGACCCAGUUAUGAGUGCAGACCCAGUUAUGAGUGGAGACCCAUCAUGAGUGGAGACCCAUCAUGAGUGAAGACCCAUUAUGAGUAGACCUAGUUAUGAGUGAAGACCCAUUAUGUGAGUAGACCCAGCUGUGUGUGUGUGUAGAUCCAGUUAUGAAUGAAGAUGCAGCUACGAGUAGAGAUGUCAGAGACAAUCGGACAACAAUGAAUGAACAUAAGAGGCCCACUUAAAGCUCUUCAACCUCCUUCCAUCAAAUAAACAUUGGCAGUUCGAAAGAAUGUAAGUUAGGAGGCAACUGGGCAAGUUUCUGCAGGAAGUGUCGUAUACUGGAAAUGAGGGCUUGCUGGCCGUUGCAAGCAACAUCCGCUCUAAUCCAGUCAUCAGAGAAGCCUGGCUCUGACAGUUGAAAUCUUGAAAUCGACUACAGGUAUACUACAAGUAUACAGAAUUAGUAUGGGGGUACUGUACUACGGCUCAGAAUGAAUACUAGGUGCACACUGAACAAGCUGCAGUUAUAUUGACGGUAGUCAAUCAGAUCAAUAUAAUGCUGUAGUUAAAAUAUUUCAUUUGAAAAUGGUGCAAUUUUAAAUUUAAUACUGGUAAAAAGAGUGCACACUAAACUGCUGCUCAAAAGAUGGGUAUGAGACGUACAAUAAACUUCCACUCAUAGAAUGGGGAAUGGAGUGCACUAUAACCUACCACUCACAAGAUGGGUAUGCGGUACAUAUUGUUAAUUGCAGAUAACGGGAAGUAAAACAGCUGCCUUUAGUCUAGAAUAAUUGCAGAAAAUAUAUUCAUUCUUGGAACGCGGGGAAUUAAUGUGCCGGAUGACUUUAUAAAAGCUGUAAUAGUAGCUUACUCAUGCAGUGCUGCAAGAGUUGGUGGGAUCACAAGGGGGGGGGAGGGGGAGGAAGAGAGAGAGAGAGAUUCUCACUGUAAGAGAGAGAGAGAAAAUAAGAUAUUCUGCAGCAAGAGUACGUGUUGAGCAUUAAGAAGUCAGUUCGGGAAGGUCCCGUGGCCUGCGCUCCUUCGCGAGCCUCACAACUUGCUUUGACAGUGGUGAUGCAGGAUCCAAGCAGGUGACCCCCAGUACCUCUGCUCAAGUGCCACUCUUAAGAUCACAAUACAUGUUUUCCGUGAGAAUUCCCAUUGCUAACAAUAUGCCGACAGAAGCAGACCCGCAGCAGACACUGCUAUCAAGAACAGAUGUGUUGCGGCUUGUGAUAGGGGGGUUGAUUGGAGCUCUAAGUGUGAUGAUGGUGAUUGGUGCAGUGAUUAUAGUGGGCAUCUACACCACACAAGCCAACCGUAUUCUCAUACUGACGGUCGUCGCCGUCACUGCUGCAGCCCUUGUCCUCCUCUGCUACUUCAAACCAUUAAACGCUUCCUGUUUAAAACAGGAGACAGAGGUGGAAGCGAGCGACGACCCUCCAGCCUACGCGGACGCCAUCAAGAUGGAGAUACCUCCUCCAUCCUACUACAUGGUUGUCACCGACGACUUGUACAAUCCCUCCACCUCCUUCACCCCCAUCGGCGCCGGCUUCUACUUACCAGAAACUCCGCUCUCCAAGCGCAAGGCUGCAGGCUUCCCAUCUUCCAGUGAUACCCCACGAAUCAGUAGGUGGCUCGUCGGGGCAUCCGCUAGUCCCGCCCUCGUCAGACCUGGCGCCGGUAGCCCCAUGAUAAUUAGGUCCACCGGUAGCCCCAUCGUCAUUAGAUCCUCCGGUAACCCUGUUUUAAUCAGGUCGUUUGACAGCCCCGCUGUUGUGAGGUCGAUGGGUGGCCGCAUCACCGUCAGCCCACUAGUGAAUUCGUCAAUCAACAGGUCGCCAAGCAGUCCCGCACUGAAUGUAUGUGCUGGUGGUCCCUCUCUCUCCAAGUCUCCUAGCAGCCCCGCACUCAAUAAAUUAUUUACUGGCUCUUCCCUGACGGUACAUGCGAGUGGCCUCUCCACCAGGUCGCCAAGUAACCCAGCACUUAACAAGUUACUCGACAAUUCACCGGGGACCAGUGGCCAGUGUGUCUACAAGAUGCCUACCACCUUGUACCUCAGGAAAUCUCCGAGCACUCCGGCACUUAGUAAGCUGUUGGCCAAAUCACCUACAAGCCCAACUGUCAACGUGUCCUUUGGCUACCCACAUGUUCAAAAGGCAUCUGACAGCUUUUCUGUCAACAUGUCACCCAGCAGUCCUUCUGUCAGCAGGUCUCCUGGUAGAACAAUGGUCUUUGCUCCACACGGAAGACCCGUCUUCGGUAGGUCGAUUAGCAGCUCAGCUGUUAGCAUGCCAUCUGACAGCCCCUUGAUCAGCAGGUCACCGGGCAAUCCCUCCAACAGGCCUCCGGGAAGCCCCUCCUCCAACAGUUCUUCUGGUCCUGUCUUCACUAUGGCGUCACUUGGCAGCCCAUAUUUCAGCAGAUCGCCUGGCAGACCUGUCAUAAAGUCGCACAACAACCUCUCUCCCAGCAGCUCUCCGGUCAGGCCCUGUGUCACUAGGUCGCCUUCAAAAUCCUUUGUCAAAAGGACUCAUAGUAAUCUAUCUGUUAGUAGCUCCUCUUACAGUCCCUCAUUGAGCAGAUCGCCUGGCAGUCCGCACAUCAGCAGAUCGCCAGGCAGACCCACUGUCAGCAGAGUGCUUAGCAAUCCCUGUGCCAGUAAGUCUCCUGUCAGCUCUUGUGUCAGUAGAGCAUCACCUAGAUCCUUUAACAGGUCGCUAAGUAAUCCCCCUGUUAGUAAUUUGCCUGAUAGCCCCUGUAUCAACAGGUCGCCUGGUAGCCCCUGUAUCAGCACGUCGUCUGGUAGACCCCCUAUGAGCAGAUCGUCCAGCAGCUCCUCGGCCGUCAGUAAUGACAGCAGAGCGCUUCGCCAGAGAGCCCAUCGCGGCGAAGGCUCUGAAAGGGAGGGGCGAACAAGGGAGCAGAACACAGGUGUUGUGCUCAACCCGGCGGGUCUCAGCUUGCCUCAAGGCCGCAGUGACUCCACACCUACAAACAUGACCGGCAACUUCAUGGAACCACACGUGUUUUGGUACAACAUGCAAUUCUAACUACUAAUCAACAUUGGUACAGAAGCAAAAUGAAGAAGCCCAAGUGCGGCGGUUGCGCUAUACGACGAAUUUCAUGUUUUCUCAAAACAAUGAUAUAACUUUGUUAACAUGAUGUGCUUAAUUAAAACAGAUUGGGCUGAAAUUAUUGCUAGAGUUUGUGACAUUCAGAUAUCUAUACUGUGUAGAUACUGCUACUAAAUAAGUUUAUAUUACAGCUAAUAAAUUUACACCAAACGCUUGAUUCGAGAAUCGUGUGGAGUGUUCCGCUAUAGAGUGAACACUAAUCUGACACCAACAUGACGAACACCAUAGCAAUGUCGCACGCUGGCAACACACUGGUCGCUACCGCAGGAACAGAAGUAGAAGUAAACAAAUGCUGGCGAACGUUCGCCGGGCGUUGCUACGCGACGUCACAGCCAGACGGCAGGCGGGACAGCUCGCUCAGGCCGGGCACCCGUCUUCCGCACAGCCUUCUAGUGAUGGUCUUAUGCUUUCAGUCAUAAGACGCCGUCAUAAGAGUCCAUAUGCCACGACUAUUAUAAUACUAGUGUGUGAGCCCUUUGACCUUGCGCUCUGGUACUCGUGACGAACAGAGCGGCUCAAUUGUCAUACUACACACAUCUAUAGAAAUGAAUAACUUUAUGCCGUAGUUUAACCAGGCAUUAUGAAGAGGUGGCUAUAAAAGGAGAACCAACUGAGAGAUCGCAAAGUCACCAUUAUCUCACACACAAUACUUUUAUGUCUGUAGCCAUUACUGUCAUCAUUUGCCUGGAGGAAGGUCAUAGACUUCAGAGAUGGUUAAUUUUGUUUCAUUUACGAAGCAACAAUCGAAGCUUAUGUAACAGUAUCCCAUGACACGAUCACUAUCGUGUGUGUAAUGAAACCAUACACGAGGUAAUCAUGCACACUGUUGGGUAUAUAUAAUGUGAAGAUGUAACCACGAAAUUAGGACUCUGGGGAACCCCUGCCAGUAGUAGUGGAAACGUUACAAUGUAGUGUAGAUCAAGUCCCCUGUUCUUUAGCCGUGUACAUGAACUUUACAAUGGCAUUUCAUAAAUGUGACCAUGGAGUGAUAACCCAUAAAAUAAGGUUCCCAGUGAAUAGAAGGGAAAAAAAGGGGAGUUGGAUAAUAAAUUACCUGACGAACAGGUCACAGUGAGCUACAGCAAAUCAAACAAAAUCUAGUCCGAGCACGGUAAAAAACAAAAAAAUUAACUUAAUACCUCAAGACACUGUUUUCACACUGCUACUUAUUCUUACCAUCAUAUCAAACUUAAACAAAAACACAAACCACACUUCGUGUCAUGCUAAAACCAAUCAUAAAAAAUGCUUCUGUAAAAGAAAAGAAACACUACAAAUAUCAAGGACUUCUAAUGGCCAACGCAAAACAAUCUGUUCAACAGUGAUAAAUUCCCGCUACAUUGGAAAGGAAAAUGUUAGAACUCAAACCGAGUUCAGGAUACAAGACGCAGCUUGUCAACCAGAACGGAAAGAACACGCAAAAAAAUUAGGUAUAAUGAUGUCUGACGAUCUAACAUCUAGUAAAUAAAGAUGACAGCGUGGAUAUUACCACCUUCAAAACAAGGGCUGUCACCCCAGUGAGCUUACUUUCAAACAACUGGUGUAAACUCGUAUUGAAUAUCUGUAAUCGCCUUCCAGUUUAAAACAGGAUAAUUCUUAUACACAACGUAUACAAAUAUCCUAUACUGUGUGCACAGAUUCAGUAAAAUACCUAAAUUCUCUUAAACACUCAGAAUGUCCUCUCUGCAAUGGAGACAAAGAAAUAUAUCGACAGUAUACACAUGACUGAUACUAAGGUCGUCAGGUUUCUAAUCUGUACAAUAAAAUAAUAAAAAAAUUGGAGCGAGUGAUACGGUAAGAAGAGUACACUGGACUCAGCGAGGUGAACACACAUACUUAUCAGAGACCCACCACUACUCACCAGUCUGCAAGCAAUAAAUAUUGCCGGAACAAAGAGUAAAGUCUUCCGGUUAGUAGAGUGUGCAGGAUCAGCUGGGUUGUGGUGACCACGUAGCCAGGACAGCCUUUACAUAUAUAAUAACUUGAAACCGGCCGUAGGUACACCACAGCCAAAAAUUAAAUCAAAUGUAUAAUUGUAAAUAUCAGAUUCAGCAGUGUAAUGAGGUUUAUAUAUUCUUUUUUUGUUUAUAUACACAUUAUUAAUCAAUGUAAAUCAUUGUUAUUACUUUUUAAAUAUUUUACAGAUAUUCUAUUUUGUGUACAUUCGCCUGUGUGUAUGAAAGUAUGUCUAAUAAUUUAAAUUUAGUAUUUUUGUUCCGCCAAUGAUGUAGGCCUAAUUCACUUGUCACAUACAGUCUGAAGAUAUUAUAUCAGCAUUCGUGAGCCCCAGUCAACUUUCUAACCGGCUGUCUCGGCUCUUGAGGAUACUCGCUGGUGAGGAUACUCAGGAUGGAGUAUCCUCCAAGGCAUUUUAACUACGGUGAGGAGGAGUGAUUGUGAUGCAGCGUCCGUCAAGGUGAGCAAGGCGAGCGCCAGUCGCCAUGACACCCUCCCGGCUCACUCCUCUGGCGUUAACCUAUAGAGGGGGGUAGAAAUAGCCUAAGCUACUCUAUCCCUUUGAGAUAUAUUUCUUUCUUUCUUGUCUCAAUAAACAUACUUGAACUUAACCUACAUGAACGCUUCUUCUUAAUGGUGCUAUUAAUAAUAUUAUCUAAUUAUUAUCAAUAUUAUUUAUAAUUUGUAUUAUUCUAUACAGUAUACAGAUACAAAAAUCUUAUACAGUAGGCUGGCACCAGGAAAAUAAAUAUGAACCA